UCACUCUCUCUCUCUUCAGUUCUCUUUUGACAAAAUUUUUUAUGUUCUGUUGGGUUUUUCUUUGUUCUUUGUAAAACCCUUUGAAACUCUUCUUCUCAACAUGGUUAAGGUUUCGGUUUCUCUUCACAUUUGUGUGGUUGGUCCCUGCAAAACACCAGCUUUUGUGUGAUGCAACUGUUUCUGGGCUCUCUUUCUUGAGAGAGCCUUUCCAAGCUCUUUUCUUUUCUGGGUAGUUAGAGUAGGAAGCAGUUGAGGCUCGCAUGAGAAGCUUUUUUCAGUGAUAUCGAGCUUGGUUGGUGGCAGUGUUUUUCCUUUGGUAUUGGGGUCAAUAUUUCUUGGUGUGUACUUUUGAAAAAACGUUUUGAAAGUGGGAUCUUUGGGGCAGAUUUUGAGAGCCAUUGUUUUGGUCAUUUCACCAGCUUGAUUAUCAUCAACUAAAAAAAUAAAAGAGGAAAAACCCAAAAAAAACCACCCACUUGGCUUUUACUUGAAGCUGUCUCAAAUAAAAACCCCUCAUUUUUGCUUCCUCUUUCUCCUUCUCUCUCUUUUGUUUCAUAAAAAAGGACGGAUUUUACUAGGAAACAAAGGAAUCUUAGUGCUGAAGCCAAAUCCUCCAAAACAAGCAGCUCUUUUAUCACUCAGCUCACAGCUUCUGUCUAAUCACUUUCAAUUAUAAAGAAAGACUGGGUUUUGCAAUCUUGUUCUAGCAAGAAAUGGCUAUGGCGGUGGCCCAACACAGGGAGAGCAGCAGUGGCAGUGGCAGUAGCAUAAGCAAACAUCUUGAUGCUGGCAAGUAUGUUAGGUACACAGCUGAGCAAGUUGAAGCUUUGGAACGAGUCUAUGCUGAGUGCCCCAAACCAAGUUCUUUGCGUAGGCAACAGUUGAUUAGGGAGUGCCCCAUUCUUUCCAACAUUGAACCUAAACAGAUCAAAGUUUGGUUUCAAAAUCGCAGGUGUAGAGAGAAGCAAAGAAAAGAGGCUUCAGGGUUGCAGACUGUGAAUAGAAAAUUAACAGCAAUGAACAAGCUGUUGAUGGAGGAGAAUGACCGGUUGCAAAAACAGGUGUCUCAGCUGGUUUGCGAGAAUGGGCAUAUGAGGCAACAACUGCAUACUGUAAAUGCAUCAGCAACUGAUGCAAGCUGUGACUCUGUAGUUACCACUCCUCAGCAGCAUUCACUGAGGGAUGCCAAUAACCCUGCUGGACUCCUCUCCAUUGCAGAGGAGACCUUGGCAGAGUUCCUUUCCAAGGCUACGGGAACUGCUGUCGAUUGGGUCCAGAUGCCUGGGAUGAAGCCUGGUCCGGAUUCGGUUGGGAUAUUUGCCAUUUCCCAAAGUUGUAGUGGAGUAGCUGCUCGAGCAUGCGGUCUUGUAAGUUUAGAACCUACAAAGAUUGCAGAGAUUCUUAAAGAUCGUCCAUCUUGGUUCUGUGACUGCCGGAACCUUGAAGUUUUCACCAUGUUUCCAGCUGGAAAUGGUGGAACAAUUGAGCUUGUCUACACACAGACGUUUGCUCCAACUACGCUGGCUCCUGCAAGGGACUUUUGGACUCUAAGAUACACUACAACUUUAGAGAAUGGCAGUCUUGUGGUCUGUGAGAGGUCUCUUUCUGGUUCUGGUGCUGGCCCAAGUACAGCUGCUGCAGCUCAAUUUGUGAGAGCUGAAGUGCUUCCUAGUGGCUAUUUGAUUAGGCCUUGUGAGGGUGGAGGGUCAAUCAUCCAUAUUGUUGACCACCUGAAUCUUGAGGCAUGGAGUGUGCCAGAGGUGCUGCGCCCACUUUAUGAAUCAUCAAAAGUAAUUGCUCAGAAAAUGACAAUUGCGGCACUGCGGUACAUCAGGCAGAUUGCUCAGGAGACAAGUGGUGAGGUGGUUUAUGGUCUGGGCAGGCAGCCAGCUGUCCUGAGAACUUUUAGCCAAAGAUUAAGCAGAGGCUUCAAUGAUGCAAUAAAUGGAUUCAAUGAUGAUGGAUGGUCAAUAAUGAAUUGUGAUGGCACUGAGGAUGUGAUAAUUGCAAUUAAUUUGAGCAAGAGCUUGAGCAGCACGUCAAAUCCUGCCAGUGCUUUUUCAUUUCUUGGGGGUGUUCUGUGUGCAAAGGCAUCCAUGCUGCUUCAAAAUGUUCCUCCUGCCGUGCUUGUUCGUUUCCUUAGGGAGCAUCGCUCGGAGUGGGCUGAUUUCAAUGUCGAUGCUUAUUCUGCUGCAUCAUUGAAGGCUGGAACAUAUGCUUAUCCUGGAAUGAGACCUACAAGGUUUACCGGGAGUCAGACCAUCAUGCCGCUUGGCCACACGAUUGAACAUGAAGAGUUACUUGAAGUUAUAAGACUUGAAGGCCAUUCUCUUGCACAAGAAGAUGCCUUCUUAUCAAGGGAUAUUCAUCUAUUGCAGAUAUGCAGUGGAAUUGAUGAGAAUGCUGUGGGAGCCUGUUCAGAACUUGUCUUUGCUCCAAUUGAUGAGAUGUUUCCAGAUGAUGCUCCAUUGCUACCUUCUGGAUUCCGGGUUAUCCCGUUGGAUUCAAAACCAUCUGAUGCACAGGAUUCAUUGACUACAAAUCGGACUUUGGAUCUGACUUCCAGUCUUGAAGUGGGGCCUGCAACAAACCAUGCUGCAGGAGAUGCUACAUCAUGUCAGAACACGCGAUCAGUGUUGACAAUUGCCUUCCAGUUUCCCUUUGAUAUCAAUCUUCAGGAUCAUGUUGCAACCAUGGCACGCCAGUAUGUCCGCAGCGUCAUCUCUUCUGUCCAGAGGGUUGCCAUGGCCAUAUCUCCUUCAGGAUUGAGCCCAGCUGUUGGACCAAAGCUAUCUCCAGGCUCUCCAGAAGCACUUACACUGGCUCACUGGAUCUGCCAGAGCUAUAGUUACCAUUUAGGGGCAGAAUUGUUGAGAUCUGAAUCACUUGGUGACUCAGUAUUAAAGAAUCUCUGGCAACAUCAGGAUGCGGUAUUGUGUUGUUCGUUAAAGUCGCUACCAGUUUUCAUCUUUGCAAAUCAAGCAGGGCUCGACAUGCUUGAGACAACUCUAGUGGCACUGCAAGACAUCACAUUGGAAAAAAUAUUUGAUGAGUCCGGACGCAAGGCAUUGUGCUCCGAUUUUGCCAAGUUGAUGCAGGAGGGAUUUGCUUACUUGCCGGCUGGAAUCUGCAUGUCAACGAUGGGACGCCAUGUCUCGUAUGAACAAGCUGUUGCAUGGAAAGUUCAUGCAGCUGAUGACAGCACUGUCCAUUGCCUGGCCUUCUCUUUUGUAAACUGGUCUUUUGUGUGAAAAGAUUUUACUGUAAUUUAUUUGUCUGACACCCCAGCUUUUCCCCAUUGCAUGCGAACGUGGAAAUAACAUUCAGGAAACGGGAAAUGUAAAAUGAAAUGCCCAAAAACCAGAAAAAAAAAGUUUUGUAAUAUUUAAGCACCCAGCUCAGGUUUGCAUUUUAUUAAUUUAAUUAAAUUUUUUUAGUGCAACCAAAUUUUGUUUAAACAAUGUGCAGUAUUUUUGUGUGAAAAACUGAUUUGGUAACAGUAAGUAAUCUUAACAUUUUCCUGCCAAGUCCAUGGCAGCAUUUCCUGGCAUCCCAGUCAAACCAUAUUAAAUUCCCGCUAGAAAAUUCUGCAUCCACAAGGCCCUAA